AGCCAUUUUGGCUCAAGCAGCAUUAGGCUCAAGUCUGAAGGACGAUCGGCCAGCUGCCCUGAGGAACUUAUAUUACCGUCCACUCGUGAGAAGCAUGUCGUCGCCGAUGAGCAACAGUGCCACAGGCCGCAGGUGGAAGGGAAUUCCAGUCCCGUUCUUCUUCCAGGAGGACUCUGCGGAGGCGUUCCACGAGAUGGAGACGAAGGAGGAUGACGUGUUUCUGUGCUCGCUGCCCAAGGGCGGGACAACGUGGGUCAAUUCCAUAUUACACAGCUUGCUGUACGGCUUCGAUGCCGCGGGUCAGAAGCAGGAGGAGGCUGAGGCGCGGCCAGGUGCGAAAGUUCAAGCGUACCCGGAGGCCACCCCGAUCGAGAUCGGCGCACUCGGCAACGCUGGCACCACAGCGUCGCAAGAGGAGAUGCGCAAGACGAUGUUCGGUGAUUUCACGCUGUCCACGCUGCUAGGGCAGAGCUCACCGCGGCUGUUUUCGACUCACCUAUAUGGACACAAGUACUUGCCAGGCAAACUCGUGCAAAAAGACGGCAGAGGCCGCCUUGUCGUCGUCGUCCGAAACCUCAAGGAUGUCAUGUGUUCCCUCCACUUCUUCCGUGGUGAGCCGAAAGAUGGUUGGCUUGGCAACGAGCUUGGGAAGGGAACAUUUCGGCGCUUCCUUGAUAUGGAGACGCCGAACGCCUACGGGAAUCAGUGGGACUGGCUCCGGGACACCGAGAAGGUUAUUCAGGCCAUGAUGCCCGAGAAGCGAGUCAUAGUUGUGUACUUUGAGGCAUUGAAGCUACGGUUGAGGGCAGAAGUGCAGAGACUGGCGAGCUUCUUGAACAUCCCUUGUCCCCAAGUGAAGCUAGACGCUGUCUGCGCCGCCGUAAGCUUCGGAUCAAUGAAAGAACGAAAAUCGGUUGGCUCGAUGCUGCUUCGGAAGGGCGACAUCGGUGAUUGGAAGAAUCAUUUGUCGCCGGCACUCUGGGAUGAGUUCGACGCGGUUUUCAACCGCGAAGUCGGCAAUUCCCUCCAGCUAGUCCAGCCGAUGUACGUUUUCCAGAAGUCCGACGACAGGCAAGGUCUUCCGCCUAGGCGUGCAGAUGCGGAAUCACGGAUCGUGACUGGCGGGGAGGACCCGCGAGUAGUUUUAGGAACGUUUGACCGGGCGAAGCUUGAGUGUGGCAUGCUUUGCCCCGACACUAUGAUCACAAACUCUCCAGGAACAUGGAUCCGUCCCUCCAGCGAGGUUACGGACUUCGUCCACCCGCCGGGAGCGACGGACGUGAAGUAUGUGGCUGAGAGCGAUCGAUAUCACCUGUUUUUAUCGGCCGUGUGUCCUUGGGCCAGUGGUAUUCGCGCCGUGCGCAAACUUGCUGGCCUUGAGCAUGUCAUCUCCAUGGACGUCGCGGAUGGACAGAGCAGUCAGGGGUGGGUGUUCUUGUCCGGCUCGGCGUGCGCGGACUUCGACCGGGAGCCCUUCUGGUUGCACGAGGUGUACACGGCGCACGACACGGAGUACACAGGCCGUCUCACCGUGCCUGUCUUGUGGGACAAAAAGACUUCCCAGAUCGUCACCAACGACUCCUGGAGCAUCCUCAAGAUCUUGGGCUCCAGCUUCGCUGGCCUCGGGAGCCCUCUCGCGGGUCUUCCCCUCGACCUCGCCCCCUCGGCGGAGGUGGACGAGCUGCAGAAGGACAUCUACGACGGCCUGCUGAACGGCGUGUACAAGUGCGGCAUCAACCUCAUGCGGGGGAACGCGAGUGGAGCCCAGGGCGCUGCACGCGGCGUAUACGACAUGCUGGCCGCCCUCGAGGACCGCCUCGCCAACCGCGGGCCCUUCCUCCUGGGCGAUAGGCUCACGCUGGUCGACGUGCGCCUGCUCAUGUGUCUGCUGCGAUACGACAUCGCUUACCGGGACGGGUUCGGACUGGGAUCGGGGGAUCGAGGGCCGGUCAUCCCCUCCCGGAGAAGGGCGACGACUGUCAUCCUGACGGCGCUGGAGGGCCUGGCGGGCUACAGCGGGAGCAACAACAAUGGGAACGAUGAAGCGCGCAGCGGGUAUCCCGCGUUGGCCGCCUACUUGCGGCGGGGAGUGAAGAUGUUCCGAACCGAAAUUGAAUUUUCGGCCUGCACUCAUUAUUAUCGCUGGGCUGUAGGGCUGCCCCAGGCCUGCGUCUUCCCAACCGAUAUGCAGGCGUUCGUCGAGGCAGUUGACGCCUCGUAGAGUAUGCGUAUGGUGGGCUACUGUGCAGUUUGUUUGUGCAUGCAUUGCGCACACAGACACUGACACUGACACCGACACACACAGACAUCGGUCCUCCGCAAUGCUCGUUCCUCCUCAACGUGCUUCGCCAACCGAUUUGACAGCUCGUGCAUUCUAUUAAAUGACAGCUCUAUUCUUAGAGCAUGCUCGUCCUGCCGUAGUGCCUAGGCCUCCGUCUGGGGUGUGGCCUCGGAGUGCGAUGAGGCGGCAGAUUCGGUUGUCUGCGACGUAUGCGUUCUCUACCUUGGUUGUAGUGUUUUCGCUGUAUGGGGCUAUGGGAGGGCAUCACAUCAUCCUCCUCAUCCUCAUCAUCAUCAUCAGUGACAGGUUGCUCGGAAGUUGUUCUCGAGUGCGCGCGUGGGUUCUAGGUUGCGUGAAGUGGUAACACACAUGUUGUAGAGAAGGGCUUCAUACGCCCGCCAGGCCUGGUACUGUUUCCGCUCCCAGGUUGCGGUAUUGCAUUGUAAGCUACGGCGUGCGGCACACCUCGGCAAGCAUGCUGGACCAGGUACGCGAUCUUGUCGCUCGCGUUCAGUUUGGCCGCACUUGGCACUGAUAUAGUGUGAGGCUGGUAGGCGAUUGUCACAUGUUCCUUGUCCAUGGGACAUCAUCACACGCACUUUGUGUGCAUCGAAGCUCAGACGCAUCGUGUGCGUUGUAUGUUGCAGUCUGAAAGCACAUGGGUCCGAUUUGCCACGGUCUCCCAUAUCAAGUCGCCGUCGCGGCUUCUGGCUCUCCAGCUGCUUAUACUUGGUGGAGGAUGUCCCCAAACAGGUCCUCCUGAAAAGCGUAGGUUUUUCUGUGGCACGGCUUAUUUUUCUUGCAGUUGUUGAUGUAUCAUUUUCCGGCUUGGUAUGAGCGAGCUCGCCUCUUUGACGACACGUUCGGCCGCAGAGCGCAGGCUCGACACGUGCGCCAUUUCGAACAAGAGGUUUUCAA